UUCCAAUCCAUUCGUAUUUCCCGCUGACUAUAACAGUUCAAGAAAACAUAUUUAUUUUUCCAAAUAGGAUUCCACCAGCUGUAAUCCGAAGCCAUGUCCUUUCCAACCAAGUUCGAUCAGUCCAUGCUGGUCCAGUUCAGCGCCGCUUUCAUGUAUUACAUCGAAAAACACAAGCUCAUGGAGGUGAUGAGUCGCCUCCUGGCGGAGAUUUCUGUGGCGGAUCAGGUCCCCGACGUUCGUCGCUGGUUGGGCGAAAAUGUCAGUAGGAUCGGAGUGGACAUUUACAGCAAGUGUCUGGAUGCCUUUCAGCGUGGAGUGGCGGGAGACUUCUACCAGCUGCCCAGGAACUUUUUCCACAGGAUAGUGCUGCAUGGUAAGCCGGGGUCGGGUCGGAAAUCCUUGGCCCAUGCCCUGGCCGAAAGGUGGGAUCUUUUGAUCCUAGAUGCUGAUGUCUUGGCCUAUCACAGCAUCAAUGGGGCGGAGCAGAAUGAGGAUACGCGCUACCUCCAGUAUGCCAUUGAAAAGGAUUGCGUUUAUAAGAGAUCCGAGGCCAUAGGGAAUCUCAUUCAGAAGAGGCUUCUCAAAGACGACGCCCUUCACCGAGGUUGGAUCUUGAUCAACUAUCCGAAUAACCAGUGCGAGGCUAGGGAGCUCUUUGAAGGCUUCACUGUACCCCCCAACAGAUUCAUAUUCCUGCAAAUCGAAGAGCGUAUGGCUCGCAUGCGUAUCCUGAUGAACAGCUACUCGCCAGGACCGCAGGCGAAUAUCGGUUACCUCGAUCGUCAGAUGCAGCAGUUCCGGAAGAGUGAACCUGCUCUCAACUCUUACCUCAGCCAGAGGCGAGAAGUCGUCUAUGUGAACGCCUCGCCCUGCUUCGAACAGGUCAAAUGUGAAAUCAUCUCGGCGUUAACAAAAACUCCCUAUGUUUUGGGUAAAAAAUACGGUGAAGCCAAUGCCGAAAUUUGAAUUUGAUUCCCGGCAGUCCAGCCUGCAUCAAAAUUGACUAACAAUGUGUUCUUUAAGAUUUUUUCUGAUUACUUUCGGUUAUUAUUAUUUGCUCAAGUGUC